AUGACAACGGAGAGUUUGCUUGAAAUUGAUUCUGAUCAAUUGUUUGAAAAACAUACAAUAUCUGAAAUUAAAAUAAUUCAAGGAAAAAUACAAAAUGAAAUUGAAAAAAAGAAAGAAGAAUUACGUAUUAUGGUUGGAGAAAAAUGUAGGGAUUUGUUAAAAGCUGCUGAUAUAAUUAUAGAAAUGCAAGACACAUCUAAAAAUAUAAUAAAUGUUAUUAAUCAAACAAAUUAUUUAUGUCAAAGUUUACAAGAAAAAAGACUUUUGGGAUUUAGGCAACCUGUAAACAAAACAACUACAACAUUUACCAAGAAUUCAGAAGAAAUUUCAAAAAUAAUUGAAAUCAAAAUACUAUUAAUAUUGCCAGAACAGAUUUGGACUGCACUAGAUAAUAAAGAUUAUUUUUUAGGGGCUCAAUUAUUUUUAUUCGCCACUCAUUUACAUCUUGGAUUGGAAAUAUCAUCAAAUUCACAAAAUUUUUUUAAUAAGUAUUCAGUUAUAAAUAAACAAUGGGCGAUUAUAAACAAUUGUAAACAAAUUAUUAUCGAUGGGGCUUGUAACGAAUUAAAAAUUUUAAAUAUACCUCUUCAAAAAGCUACAGAAUGUUUGUGUUGUUUAAUUCUCCUUGAAUCUACAACAUAUGAAAAAUUAUUAAAUCAAUUUCUAGAUCUUAGACUCGCAUCUUUAAAUGAUAUUUUAAAAUCAGAGGAGCUGUCGAAAAAAAAACUUAGGCAAACAGUUGAAACACUUCAACAUACUUUAAUGAUUGUUUAUCAUUGUUUCUUUGAUAAAUCAAGUCAAAAAUGUUCAAUAGAAGUCUUACUGAACACAAUUCUUUCAAAUCAAUCGAAACCAACUCUAUUCAAAAUAAUUCAAAAAUCUUCAUGGCCUGAACAAUAUUUAUCACCGAUGAUAACAAAUUACAGACCUAAUACUUCAGAAAAUUUAGUCUCACUACAACAAGAACACAUAAAAAAAGUUUUAGAUUUUUGGCUUGAAAAUGUAGAAAAAAUAUUAUCUGUCGAAUUAAAUAAAAUACUUUUACUCGUCGACAAUAUAAAAAGGCUACACAAAAUAAUCAAGGAAGAAAUUUUCGAUGUCAAAUAUCCGGAUAAUUGGGAUGAAAUUACUCUUUCAUUACUUGGCAUAAGCAAUUUAAACAUUUAUAAUAAAUUUAUUAAAAGUUAUAUGACGAAUAGAAUGAAAGAAUUGAUUCAAUCAGCUUGGUUGAACGGUUUAAAUUACGUUUUGGAUAAUUUAAAAAAAGUAGAUGAGGUUAUGUCGAAAGACAAGAAUAAACAGGAAAAUGAUAUUAGAUGGUUUGUAUGGAAAGAAAAUAAGGGGAAUUUUGAAGAAGGUUUAAAAUUAAAAACAAUGGGUUACACUCCUAAAGUUAUGGAAUUGUGUGAAAAAAUGAAUCAUUUUUUGAUUCAAUUAUUAGAAGAUGUUGAACUUUAUGUAAAUGAAAAUUCUAAAAUCAAGCACAAAAUUAAAGAAGUAGAUAAUGAUUCCAUAUUGAUAUUAAAUUUUUUAAAUUCGCAUUCAUUUGAAAUGAUUCAAAAGUUUACUCAUUAUGUAAAAGAUGGAUGCAAAACACUUGGAAAUGAAUCAAUAGACUCCAAGAUAAUUAUCAGGGCAAGAUUUCUUAGUUCUUUAACAAACGAAUGUCCAGGACUUGAAAAAUGUCUUAAAAGCAGUAUUAGCAAAGAGGAUUUCAAUGAAAACGUUUCGAAUAAUUUAUGGCAAAAAGGAAGAGGUUUAUUAAAUGAAACAAGUACCGAAAUCUGGCACGAUUGGAAAGUUUUAAAGAGUUCCAGACUAAAAACUCUUAUCAAAAGUAAAUUGGGACCUACUGUGUCACUGAGAAGUUUACUCAAAUCCAAAUUGUUGAGUGAAAUAAUAACAAUAGAAGAACAAACGGAAGAUGGAUCGAGCGUAAAAUCAGAUCUCAGGAUUUCAUCUCAACCUAGUUUGUCUCUUCAAGAAUUACUUUUUCAAAUUUGUCGACAAGUUAACGCUAUAGCACCACACACACUACCAAAACAAGUUCAUCAAGAAUUAAUAGAUUGCAUGGUAAAAGAUAUAUUGGAACAUUAUCAAGAAUGGACAAAAUCCGAAACGAUUUAUCAAACUCAGGCUUGGCAAAUGUUGAUGGAUGUAAAAUUUCUCACUUUGAUGUUUGUGACGAACAAUAAUAAAGAUUUGUCUCAAGAGAUUUGCGAAAUUUUGGAAAAAUCAAUCGAUCCGUUUGAUUUAGACGUUCAUUAUUCGUAUUUACAAAAUAAUGUGAAAAAAAGCGUUUUGAAAUUACAGGGAACUUUUGGGAUUUUGGUUAACAUUAGCGAAAAACUUCCGGUUUUCAACGGACUGAGACUGAGUCAGAGUUCAUCGGGUGUUAAACUCGAAGAACCCAAUUUAUUGGCAAUGUCUACCACCGUGCCUUGGUUUCCAUUACUUCCGGUCGCGAAAAGAUCGAAUUCAUCACGUUCGGACGGUCUUCAAGAAUCGCCCUCGUAUUCUUUCAAAGAAUUAUCCGCGGAUAAACAACCAAUGGCGAGACACAAAGAUAGAGAAAAUAAAAAAGAAUCGGUGACGAGUGAUUUUUUCAAAUCGGCCGGUGCGUUUUUCGACGCCAUGACGGGGGGUGGAUGGUCACGUGAAAAUUAA